UGAGAAUGAAUUAUGAGCCACAUAAUAAAAAAGUAAUACACUCUUUUGAUCUACUAUUGUACAUGUUGACUAUAAGAUGGACUCUAGAUGACAUGGCACUGGCUUAUAGCCAAUAGCUCUGGCUAUACUAUUAACCAUGCUCUAAGAUAACUUAUGGGCCAAGUCCCUAACUACUGCCCGGUGGGCCUCCUCUGGUUAUAAGCUAAACCGGUCAUAACAUACUCCCUUCAUAAACUAAUAUAAGAGCGUUUAGAUCACUCUUUAAUGAUCUAAACGUUCUUAUAUUAGUUUACGGAGUAUUUGUUUACAGUCAGCAACAAGCCAGAGUAGUGGAGGCAAACAAAGAAAGCGGCCAGGGCCAGGGGGUCCCGUCCGUGCAAUGAUGCGCCCACACUACCGGUGGAGUGGAGUAAAAGAGCAGCCCACAUUGCAGCUUUGCCCCCGCCACGCAUAAACCUCCACAGCUGACACCGAAAGCACUGGAUCUGGGAAGAAUGGCUCCAAGAUUGCUCGUCGUUCUUCCAGUGGUGCUGCUUGGUUUGGCCUUCCAGGCCAUUCUCCGGCCACCACAUACAAAACGUUGCGGCUCGGUAGGUGGACCUCCGGUGACAUCUCCCAGGAUCAAGCUCAGGGAUGGGAGGUACCUCGCAUACCGGGAAGACGGUGUGCAGAGAGACAAGGCCAAGUACAAGAUCAUCACAGUGCAUGCAUUUGAUAGCACCAAGGACUUCCCCUCACCUGUUUCCAAGGAGCUCGUGGAAGAACUGGAAAUUUACCUACUUGCAUUUGAUAGAGCAGGGUACGGGGAAAGUGACCCAAACCCCGGUCGGAGUGUCAAAAGUGAAGCCUUGGAUGUAGAGGAGCUCGCCGACCAGCUGGAGCUUGGACAGAAGUUCCAUGUCUUGGGUGUCUCCAUGGGAGGAUACACAGUUUGGGGUUGCCUCCAGUAUAUACCUCACAGGCUCGCAGGAGCCGCGCUAGUUGUACCAGUUAUCAAUUACUGGUGGCCUUCUUUCCCGCCAGAGGUGUCCAGGCAGGCUUUCAAGAAGCUCAUUGUACCAGAGCAGAGGACCCUCUGGAUCGCACACAAUGCACCUUACUUUUUAUACUUGUGGAUGACCCAGAAAUGGCUCCCUUCUUCUGCGGCAGCCAUGCAUCAUCCUGAAAUAUUUAGCGACCAUGAUAUGGAGGUGAUUCAGAAAAUGAUGGCAAUGCCGAGAACCAUUGAGAAUAAAUCAAGGCAGCAAGGAAUUUAUGAAUCAAUCCAUCGAGAUUUACUUGUUGCUUUUGGGAAUUGGGAGUUCGAUCCAAUGAAUAUUACAAAUCCAUUUCCUACAAAUGAGGGUUCUGUACACAUCUGGCAAGGAUAUGAAGAUAGGUUGGUGCUGGUUGAGCUGCAGCGGUACCUUUCAAAGAAGCUUCCAUGGAUCCAGUAUCAUGAAGUCCAAGAAGGUGGACAUAUGUUCAUGCUGGUGGGCGGAUGGACCGAUAAAAUUAUCAAGGCACUCUUGGUAGGAGAAGAGGCAUCACCUAUGUGACUAAAGAUUCAUCUUCGAGCUGCUGCUGGGCAGUGCAGAUGCUACUAACUUUUACCCCCCAAGUUUUAUCCCUUGGGACACCAAAUUUGUCCAAUUCAACAGAUGAUAGAUCAUACUUCACCUGCUCACUUCAAGCUAUUGUUCUCCAGUACAUUGAAAUUACAAUAUGUGAAACCUUGUUGCUUGUUUUUUAGAUAACA